AUGUGUGACCAGUUCUGCAUGCCGCUCCCCCAGUGCUGUGUGAAGGGUUCCUCCUUCUACCCCUCCUCCUCCUCCUAUUCCCAGGGCCAGGUGGUAGCUCCAGCCCCUUGUGGGAUGCAAGUCGUGGAGUGCCCUGCACCAUGCCCAGUUCAAGUUUCCCAGGUGAAGUGCCAGGUUCCCUGCGAGACCAAGACCGUACAGGUGAAAAGCCAGGCACCAUGCCAGUCUAAGACCACGCAGGUGACGUGCCAGGCUCCGUGCCAGUCCCAGACCACGCAGGUGACGUGCCAGGCUCCGUGCCAGACUGAGGUUUGCUAUGUGCCCUGUGAAGCCCCGUGCCCUGUUCAGACCUGCUAUGUGCAAUGCGCUCCAGCUUGUUACACAGAAACUCGCUACGUGGAAUGCCCAGUCCAAACCUAUGUACCCUAUCCAGCUCCCCAGCCUGUCCAGACUUACGUACCGUAUCCCCCAUCGUGCCAGCCACAGGGGAGAUUCUCCACCCAGUGCCAGUAUCAGGGCUCCUUCAGCAGCUGCGCCCCCCAGCGUCAGUCCCGGCCUUCAAUUCGCACUUACGCACCGCAGUGCCAGACCCAGGGCUCUUACGGGAGCUUCCCGGCGCAGCGCCGCGCCAGGAGCACCAGCAGAUGUCUCCCUCCUCGCCAGCUGCAGCCUUCUUACCGCAGCUGUUCCCCGCCACGGCGCUCUGAGCCCUACUUCAGCAGCUGCAUGCCAUCAAGGUGCGCUUCGGGUUCCUAUAACUACUGCACCCCACCACGCCGCUCCGAGCCCAUCUAUCACAGCCACUGUGCUCGGGGUCCCAGUGCCAGCUGCUCUCAGAGACGUGGACCCAAGUGCCGCAUAGAGAUUUCCUCGCCCUGCUGCCCCAAGCAGGUCCCGCCCCAGAGAUGUCCUGUUCAGAUUCCGCCCAUGAGACGCUGCUCUGAGGGCUGUGCUCCACGACCCUCCUGGGGUGCCUCCUGCCCAGAGCUGAGACCACGUGCAGAGCCAAGCUUCCGUCCACCCCGGAAUUUUGACCAGUGUCCAGAGCAAUCAAGACCCCGAUGUCCACUUCCUGCCCCACGUCCAUACCCACGCCCAGCACCAUGCACCAGUCCUGAGCGCCGCCCGUGUUCUCCACCACCGCGAUUUCCGGAACCCCGCUUCUGUCCGGAACCCCGCUUCUGUCCAGAACCAAGUCCACCCCCACGUCCAGCUCCACGUGUAGCCCCACGACCUCGCCCAGCACAGUGCGAGUUUCCAGAGCCGCGUCCACGUCCACAGCCCUUUGAGCGCCCAGAACCUUGUCCAGAGCCAAUUCCCCUUCCAGCGCCCUGCUCCAGCCCAGAACCCUGUGUGCAGCCUCGGCGCUGUCCCAGCCCCUGCUCAGGCCCAAACCUAGUUCCACGCUCAGGAGACAUAGGCUGUCAUGAGUCCUGUCCAGGCCGCCUAGACACUGAGGCCCCCAGCUGUGGCCCAGGUGGUUAUAACCAGUCUGAAGAGAGUGGUGGUAGCUUCGGACCUUGUGAUGUGUUUCCAGAGCCACGGGGUCAGGGUGGCUGUGAAGACCACGGAGGUCCCUCUGCUGGAGCGAAAGGUGGGGCCUAUGCUGGAGUAAAGAGUGCCUACUUUUAA